AUGCGCUCGGUUAAUGAUACCUAUGAGAACACAAGAAGGAAUAAUACCGUAUUGAAGGUAAUUGAAUCGAAACAGCCACUUAAUGAUGUCCCCAAAAGAGACAUGUCUAUAUACGAGUUAGAAGAUGGAAGCAGAGUCUCAACGAAGAGAAGAGUUGUAAGGUCCAUACCACCCAUUUGCAGGAGGUUGCCAACUGAAGAUGAGUUGUUUCUUGCAAACGGAUUACCAAACCAUGUAUUUUUGAGAGAACACUUCAGGAAACAAGGAAAGGUGACGGAGUACCAAGCUUUACGUAUUAUUGGUAUGGCUACCGAUCUACUAACGAGGGAGCCUAAUUUAUUAACUGUGGGAGCGCCUAUAACUAUAUGUGGGGAUAUACACGGCCAGUAUUACGACUUAUUGAAGUUGUUUGAGGUCGGUGGAGAUCCACAAAAUACACAGUACUUAUUUCUUGGUGAUUAUGUUGACCGUGGGUCCUUUUCAUUUGAGUGUUUAGUGUACCUAUACAGCUUGAAGUUGAACUUUCCUAAUCACAUCUGGAUGCUAAGGGGUAACCACGAAUGCAAACAUCUAACAUCCUAUUUUACGUUCAAGAGCGAGUGUUUACAUAAGUACAGUUUGAAAGUGUAUGAAAGCUGCUGUGAUUCCUUCACUGCGCUACCUUUGGCCGCAGUUAUGAACGGCCAGUAUUUUUGUGUCCACGGUGGUAUUUCGCCGGAGUUGCGGACGCUAGAAGAUGUAAACAGCUUUAACAGAUUCAAAGAGAUCCCUGCAAAGGGGCUAAUGUGUGACUUGUUGUGGUCUGAUCCUUCCGAGACGUAUGAUGAAGAUGCUGAUGAUCCAAAUACGGUGUUUUUUACUCCAAAUACUGUAAGGGGUUGCUCCUAUGCCUUCUCUUACCAGGCAGCAUGUGACUUCCUUCAGAGAACCGGUUUAUUGUCAAUUAUUAGAGCUCAUGAAGCCCAAGAUCAUGGUUACAGAAUGUACAGGAAUACCAGGAACUUGGGGUUCCCAAGUCUAUUGACGUUGUUCAGUGCACCCAAUUACCUUGAUAGUUAUAAGAACAAGGCCGCCAUAUUGAAGUACGCUGACAAUGUAAUGAAUAUUAGGCAAUUUAAUAUGUCUCCACACCCAUACUGGUUGCCCAACUUUAUGGAUGUGUUUACUUGGUCCUUGCCAUUUGUCGGGGAAAAGGUUACUGAAAUGCUAGUGGCAAUCUUAAACGUUUGUUCUGAUGAAGAACUAGAAGGUGAUACUCCAUUGAUGGAGGAAGAAGUUACGGCUAAUCCUAUGCCUCUCAAUAGGCCUGUUACUAUAACUUAUACCAGAAGACAGAAGUAUUCAUCUGUCUUAGAAGACGAAGCCAAGAAGCGUGCGCUGAGGAACAAGAUCUUGGCUAUCGCUAAGGUUUCUAGAAUGUACAGUAUUUUGAGAGAGGAGCGUGAUAAGAUCCAAUAUCUGAAAACUAUGAACGCAGGAGUUUUGCCCCGUGGUGCGUUAUCACGCGGGACAGAAGGACUGAAUGAGGCAUUGUCGAUCUUUGAGAAGGCACGUAGAGCAGACUUACAAAACGAAAGAUUACCACCUGAUUUGUCGGAUGUAGAGAGGUCAAGGGAACUAUAUUAUAGGAGAAUGCUGAGGAAUAUAAAUAACAGACGGUGA